UUGACAGAAUCUCCUUAUAGUAUGGUGCGGACUGGCAACAGGGAACGACGUGAAGGUCACGAUGCCUCUGCUGUUGCUGAUGCUACUCCACCACGCAGCCGCGGCUUCUCAAGACCCAGCAGCGCCUUCAUGGAGCAACUUCAGAGCGGCUGGGAACCAACAGAGUCUACAAACUGUACUGAUCUCAAUUGAAGAAAGACUGCGAGCCCUGGACACUCUGUAUUCACCACGAUACACACCGCGAUGGGAAAUCAGUAUUGAACAGCAAUCCAGGAGGAUGGAGACAAUUGAGUCACGGUUGGGACGACUGGAAACGCUAUUAGAGAUACGACUGGAUAAGUUAUCAGAGUCAAUAAGUGCAAGACAACUGAAGGAGGAAUUGUCAAAAGAUCAAAUCAACCGCAAACUUGAUUCAACAUAUGAACGCCUCAACCAUCGACUGGGAUACCUGGAGGCAAGACUUGACGUGAGCAUUGCUAAACUACAGUCAACUAUUGACACAGGUAUAGGCCAAAUAGAACGUCUUGAAGCAACUGCAGGACGUCAAAAUGACAUAGAAGCAGAACUGGCCGAUAUUGGGACAGGUAUUGAUGACAUUAAGAAACAUGUCACAGCAUUCGAGGACCAACAUAACAGAAAUCUGGUAAAAAUAAUAGAAAAUGAGAAGCAUAUGACAGUAGAAAUGGGUAAUUUAACAGCACUGAUGGAAGAUCUUCACGUGGAAUUCAAUAAGACACAAGCAGUGUCUGAAAUGAACGAUGGUGAGGGAACUGAUUUUCAGGAGGCAUUGAAGAACAAUAUGAACCUAAUGCUGCACCAAGUAAUAAGUAGCAUUGACAAAAAUGCCAACAACUUCAUGACCAAGGCAAACAACAUGUACAAUGACAUGUGGCGGCGCACCCAAUUGCUGGAAGGUCUUGUGAAGGACUCCAUGUCUCUAUCAAAUGCUACACGAAGAGAGCUGCAGGAUGGAAUACGUACCAUUGCUGUUCAAAUGGGACGACGAGGUCUGAUCCAGUCAGACCGAGAUAGACAAGAAGGUUCAAUGGAUAUAGCUCUAGAUACUCUGGGACUGGUUCAGAGAAGACUAAAUGAGCUGGGAAGAAAGUUUGAUUCCAGCUUCCAAAUGCUAAUGCUUGCACAAAAUUUAUUCCUCGAGAGUUGUCAUCGAAUUCAGUUGGAUGAGCCACAACUGGAAGGUAAACUUACGCAAGUGCUUGAGAGAAUACUGGAUGCCAUCACCAACAGGAGCAUCAACACAGAUCGUGAGGUACAGAUGCUCCACGAAGCACUUAAAUCUCACAGCAGUCACCUGACACGAACCCUCAGCCAAGCAACCAACACAAUACUGCAAGCUUCUGAUCAAAGCAAUGAGGACAGAAAACAUCUUCAGUUGUCAAUAGUUGGUGUCAAAGAGCAACUUCUUGAAAGUAAUAAGUAUAUUGAAGAGGCUAUCUCAGACAUCAAAGAAGAAGAAGCAGCAAGCACCGAGAAGCUUUACAAUAUCGCGGCCAGUUUGCAGGAACUCCAAGAAUCAAUAGCUGAAAUGUCAACCACCAACAUUGUAGCCAAAGAAGACAGAGAUAAAUACAAAGAUGAUACAGCAGAUUGUCCAGACAAUGAACAAAUAGCAAUAGAAAUUCUAGCAGAACUGAAAAGGAAAGGUGUUACAGUUAAACAUAAAAUAACAGAUGAAAAUAUAACAGCUGAGACAAUCACAGGCAAAGAUACAGAAACAGAAAAUGAUAACAAUUGCUUGCUCAGACCUGAGGAUGGAUUUGGAGAAGAUACCGCUGAAGAAACUGAAGGAAAUACAAACAACAGAGAAGUGGAAUCAAUGUCAUUACAGACUUUAAAAUCUCUUGAGAAUACAUCAGAAGAGGAAAAUGAUGACGAUGAAAUCUUGGUAGAAGGAGCGAAACAUGGUUCAUCCACUGCAAACAUAAACCAAAUCGUGAAUUCAUCUACAUUUCAAAGACAGCAUCGUUUUGAUUUACAAACAACCAAAAAUUCUACUAACGAUAGCAUUAAACCUGCACAAGUAACUAUCCAAAUUAUACCUCAUAAUAUCAACCUUCAACUGGAGAAUGAAGAUUAUGAUAAAUUACUUGGACUUGAGUUGCAUAAUUUUGCUGCUAUAAUACAGGAUUUAGAUUCAACAGCAAAUCAACAGAGACCUCAACCAACACUAUCAAUUGUCCAUGCAAUUGCCUCAAAUGAUAAAAACAACACAAAUGUUGCACAAACAAAUAUGGGCAAAAAAGAUGUCGGUGAAGACUUCCAACAAAAUAUAAAUGCUGCACUGCAUGACGAACUGAAUUAUAUUAAUGGAACAUUUGCAUAUAAUCAAUCACAGAAUUUAAAUUCGGCAAACAAUACAGGAAUACGUGAUAUUGGAAUCCCAGCUGCAAUAAAUAAUAAAGAAAGUAAGAAUUAUUCGUCAGAUGUUUCACAACUUCCCGAAGCUUCUGCAAUAUCAGUUUUAAUAAUUAAGCAACACAAAAAUAAAAGUAGUGAUGUAAAUCAUCUGUCCCAAAACAUUCUUCUCACCAACCAAUCAAGCGAUACCUCCAGUCACAAUAGCCAAACUUUUAACAUCUCUGAGAAACAAAGUCCUACAACUGACAGUACAAUAUCUGUUACAAACAUAUCACACACAGCUAUAAAAAAUAUAACACAAUCCAAUUCAAACUAUACAUAUACCACAUCAGAGGUCCAAGUACCAAGUUUUCUCAAAAGACUAAUGGAACUCUACACUCAUGAAGGAAAGGACAACCGAACUCUUCACAACUUCUGGAUAAAUUUACUAGCAAGGAAGCAACUUAGCCAAGAUGAUAAAAAUGAUACAUCAGUGGUAAACAACUUCAUUUUUUCUGCACAAAAUAACAGUGAAAAUCAAGAUACUGCAAGGAUAAAACAUAAACCUUCAACAAUAUUCAGCAUAGAUGCCAUACAAAACAUGAUUUCUGCAUUGAAUGAUACUAAAGACAGACAUCAUGAUACUCAACAACAGCUGUACCUUAGUAGACUCCAAGAGCUCGCUACAGAAUUGACGAACAUGAAAAAUGGAUCUGCACUUGAAAUAAUGGAUCACUUCAAAUUUACAAAUAUAACAGAUGAAAUAAAAGGAACCACUUCAGAAGAAGGAAACAGGUAACAACCGAACAGACGAGACAGUUCUAAAUAAAGGUUAUGUAUAUGUUAUUACUACAAAGGGAGUGAGGUCAAAUGCAAUGUUUCGGUGAUCAAGACACAGAACAUUUACCAAAAACUUCCAGCAACUGAAUAACAAAGACCAAUAGCAUCCAUCUUUUUACAACAUGUCAGAAUUUUUAUGCAAACGCACAUGUAUUUUUACGCAUUACACCAAGAAUGGGAAUACUUAAACAUAAUCUUUAAUCCCUUCAACAAACAUCAUUAUGUCCUGCAUCACAAAAAUGAAAGCUCUAAGGUCAUGGAAAAAUCAUACAACAUCGCAACAUGAACAGUGGAGCUCAGGAGAGUUGAAUGUUUUCUGGAACUUCUCAUUUCAACCUGCUGUAACGUCUUCAUUUGUAAUAAGAUCAAUAAGAUAUUUUGAUUAUUGUAUUCUUCAUUUCUUCCUUAACCUUUAAAGGCUGAAAGGGAUCUAUUUGUUCCAUACUGCAUAAGUGAGGCUGAAUGGGAUACCUCUGUCCCAUUAUGUCAUGACAUUAUUAAAGAUUUAUACACCUUGAAAAUAUGAU